CGCGGGUGGAGAUUUUGCAAUACCUUUAAUUAUAAAAACCCCAAUCAGCCUAAAACAAUCGAAAAGACAACAUGAAACUAGCUGUGGUAAACCGCCAUCACCAAACGUCUCUACACAAGCCGUGAUGAAAGUAAUUAUUGUUGGCGCCGGCAUAUCCGGCCUGGCGACGUACUUGUACCUUAAAAAGAACCUCCCAGAUCCGCCAGCUCCAGCCACUCCCCACUCUAUCCGGAUUUAUGAAUCCCACCGGCCACGCACCGGCCGCGGCCUCGCAGCCGGACAAGACCAUGCCUUGGAGUCUUUCGAGGCCCUCUCUGCCUCGACGGCUAUCGUGGGUGGCGGGCUGGCGGUGGCCCCGAACGGGAUGCGCGUGCUGCGGGACCUCGACCCGGAAAUCCACCGGGCCGUGACGGAGCAAGGGUUCCCCUGCGAGAACUUCAUCUUCAUGGGCCAGAACGGAUGGACGCUGGGCACGCAGGCGACGAGCGACAGGGGCGGGUUCGAGGGUCCGCCUCCGUCCGGCCGCGCCGAGGUCUGCGUGAGCUCGACGCGGCAUGGACUUUGGGCCUGCCUGAUGGCUGCCGUCCCCGAAGACGCGGUGCAGUACAAGAGGGUUUCGCGCGUGGUCAGGAGGCCGGCCGAGGCGGGUGGGACACGGCCGCUGACGGUGGUGUUUGAGGACGGGGACGAAGAGGAGUGCGACUUGGUGAUCGGCGCGGAUGGCGUCAAGAGCAUCGUGAGGAAGACGCUCUUCGGGGAGGAUGACGAAGCUAGCGGCAUGUACAGCCCAGUUUAUACUGGAGCUUCCGGGGUCGGAGGGAUCAUGAAAACCCCGCUGCCUUCGCGCGUAGCCGAUAACAAAGCCAUGGUCUUCACCUUCGGCCGUGAUGGGUUUUUCGGGUACGCAAGCGGAUCGCCCGCUCAGGCCAACUCUCUCAUGUGGUGGUCGACGUUCGAGACGGACUCGCUUCCUUCGAGAACUCGACUCGACCUUGACGAGAUCAAGGCGCAGCUGAGGCGGCGACAUGGGGGAUGGAGUGAUCCCGUCGUGCGAGACAUCGUCUCCAAAGCCGAGGUUGACACCAUCUAUCCCACUUGGGUUCUUUCGGACCUACCCCACUGGGGUGAGAACGGCAUCGUCUUGAUUGGCGAUGCCGCCCACGCCUUGAGUCCAACCACGGGCCAGGGUGCGUCGCAGGCGUUGGAGGACGCCCAGACGCUUUCUCUCCUCCUUGCCGAGACCCUUAAGAAGGCAUACGCGCCAGACCCGGCAGAGGUAGACGACGAUCAACCCGCGGGCGCUUCGCGGUCCGACAAGGAGAACGACGCCGCGGCUCUUACGCUGAAGCUGUUUUACAGCAUACGCCAACCCCGGGUCGCAACAAUUGCCCAGCGGGCGAGGAAAUUCGACAAGAAUAAGAAGAGCAUGAGCAUGAUCGAGGAAUACGCCAUGUAUUGCUUUCUCUGGGUGAUGAUGCAUCUCCGGUCGAUUGCAAAGUUGGUAAUAGGAGAUGUAAACGAACAGGUCUACGGCUGGUCGGCAAAAGUAGAGGUCGAAAAGGCCAUGGCAAAUUUAGCUUCUUCCCUGUAAAUACGUAGGCGCGAUUCCUAUUAAAUCUUGGCGGAAAACCCAGUGCAUUGAGAUCUUGAGUUUGACGAACUGUCUUUCCGGAUAGUACUCCUAACAUGUCCAUGGGCUCCCGGGGUUCGCGCUGAUUAAUUCGUCCGGUGAGAUGCUCCGGGCGGUGAGGUAUCCUUG